CCCCUCACCCUGCCUCUCCAAAUCUCGCGGGAUAUAAAGGAAAUAAAAAGCGAAAAGAGAGGAGGAAAAGAGAUUAAGACAAACAGGAGCCGCCUAUAUGAAGAUGCUGAUGUGUGACCGCGGCGUCCAGAUGCUCGUGACGACGGUGGGCGCGUUCGCCGCCUUCAGCCUCAUGACCAUCGCCGUCGGAACCGACUACUGGCUGUACUCGCGCGGGGUCUGCCGCGUGAAGAGCAGCGGCGACAACGACACGAGCCGCAAGAACGAGGAGGUGAUGACGCACUCCGGCCUCUGGCGAACCUGCUGUCUGGAAGGAACAUUCAGAGGUGUGUGUAAGAAGAUUGAUCACUUCCCAGAGGAUGCAGACUAUGAAGCAGAUGCUGCUGAAUACCUCCUCCGUGCUGUGCGUGCCUCCAGUAUCUUUCCCAUCAUGAGUGUCGGCCUGCUGUUCCUGGGCGGGCUCUGCGUGGCCGCCAGUGAGUUUUACCGGAGCCGACACAACGUCAUCCUCAGUGCAGGAAUCUUCUUUGUCUCCGCAGGUCUCAGUAACAUCAUAGGAAUUAUUGUCUAUAUCUCAGCCAACUCGGGUGACCCGGGCCAGAGCGACAGCAAAAAGUCCUAUUCCUACGGGUGGUCCUUCUACUUCGGCGCCCUCUCCUUCAUCAUGGCAGAAAUGGUGGGCGUUCUGGCCGUGCAUAUGUUCAUUGAGAAGCACCGCAAGCUACGGGCCAAAUCCCGCACCGAGCUCAUCAAAAAGUCCGCCUUCAGCCGCAUCCCUUCCUAUCGCUACCGCUUCCGGCGUCGCUCCAGCGUGCGCUCUUCUGAGGCCCCCAGCCGCGAUGCCUCACCUCUGGGUAAAGGCGGUUACACAGGGCCCGCCGCCUCCGAGAUGCCCAUGUACACGCUGAACCCCCGCGAGGCAGGCAACGCCGGCACCAAACCCGGCGGUGGCAUGGGCGGGCUGCUCAACUCAGAGAGGGAGUUCCUCCAGAGCAGCACGCUCACUAAAGACUACAGCAAGGACCCCAACCGCAGGACCACGCCUGUCUGAGAGGUGCUGGCUGCAGA